AUCGAUAUUAUAGCUCGUGACAAUGGAAGUCCAUCUUUAUCCGCUUCAGCAACAUUAACCGUGUUUGUGGAUCACAUUGCGACCCCUUCCCCUGAUCCUGGUCUUGGUUUUGCCGAUUCUAAAUAUACUGUUGAAAUUGACGAAAACACUCCCAGUAGCACCAUAGUUAAAACAUUACCAAUCAUGAAUAAACCUCGAAGUCAUUUCACUUUUACCUGUGAAAUAAUUUCCGGUAAUGAUGAGGAUAAAUUCAGUAUCGUUGAAAAUAGUAAUCAAGAUUGUGAGAUUCGUAUUAAAGAGCCACUCGACUAUGAACAUCAAUCACGUUACAUGUUGACCUUGCGAUUAAAUAGUAUCGCCGGUUUAGCUGGAUUCUCAAGAUUGAUGACGCAAAUUGUUAUCAAUGUUAUGGAUGUUAACGAUAAUAAGCCUGUUUUCCAUGUCCCUGGUCGGUAUUCACACCUUACUCGCGAUCGUUACAUUGCCGCCAUUUCAUCUGAUGCACCAGCUGAUUCUCAAGUAGCUCAAUUGAAAGCAACUGAUUCCGAUUCAAUUGCUAAUGGUAUUAUCACUUACUCACUGAUUCCUUCCUCGGAUCCUCAGGGUCGAUUCAAAAUUGAACCUGGUUCGGGAAUAUUAAGAACCUCUCGCCCCAUGGAAGAUAUUCCUCCAAGCCAGUUACCGCUUCGACUUGAGGUUAUUGUCCGUGAUAAUCCACAGCUUCAAUCGUCCUCACUUUCUGAAUCUUCUGAGGUCAUUGUUAAUCUGAUUGAAGAUAAACACCGACUUAUCUUCGUACUUCGUGAUACUUCAACUGGUCGUGCUCAAGAAUCAAAGGAGCAAUUUUUACAAAUAAUUCAAGACCGAACUGGCCUGAUAACGGGCUGGGAAAAGGCUGAGUCACUGAAAAUCCAACGAAACCAUACAAUUGAAUCAGAUGUAACCGGGACAGAUAUUUGGAUCCACUUGAUUGACCCUUCGACAUUGAAAAUUUUACCAACUGAUGAUCCAAAGAUUGAAUCAAUUUUGUCUGAUGUUAAAAUUAAAUACUCACUGAUUCAAGCGUUAACUUCAGGCCUUGGAUUGGCCAGUUCAACUUUGACAGUUCGAUCUCCCUAUGUACCAAUAAUUGUUUCAACGGCUGCAGUUGUCCCAAUUCCAAUGAAUUCCGAUAUAAACAAUUUAGGACUUGGACUAAUUGUCUUAGCUGCUGCGAUCGCAGUCUGUGGCUGUGCGGGAAUCGUUUACCAAUGUGGAUCUAGUUCAAAAAGUUCAUCCGCCCCAACCACCGGAUCAACUAUUUCCAAGCCUGGUGGGGGUAAAGUUAAACGAGUUAUGAUGUCACCGGCACCACCUCGACUUUACGAUCCCAUUUAUACCGCCGAAACUGUGACAAGCUCAUCAAUCCUCGCCAAUAAUGGUAAACAAUAUGAAACUCAAGUUCUUCACAUGGACAUGAAAAUUGACGACGAAAUGGGCGGCCGAGGAAUAGAACGCGGUGGUUACAAUGGUCAUCAUCUUUCUUCAUCAACUCACUCAUCCUCAUCUUCAUCUUCAACACCAUUGGAAAGCGAUAAAACCUCCCUUCGAGGUCUCAUCUCAGUUCGAGAUCUAAUGUCCAAUGUAUCCUACAUGCCGAGAUCUCGAGCUUACAAUAAUCACUCACCAAGUACCGUUACAAGCACCGUCAAUGAUAAAUCUUCUUCAUCAAGGUCAACCAGUAGACCCGAAAGUUCAGGUUCAUCUUCAUCCAAUGAAGGCCUUAAAUCAAAUCUAAAAACGCCACUUUAUUAUAAAUUAUUAGAUGACAAUCGCUCACCAAUGUUUACUGAUGGACGAACCCUAUUGACCCGUGAUGGUAAAACAACUGAAUUGUAAUUUAAUUUAAUCAGUUGGAGAACCUUAAUCAGGAUAGUUAAUUAAUUACCAUCCAUCUUAAUUAAGGAUAUCAAUUAUUUUUUGUUUAUGAAACAAGUGACUGGAAAAAAGACUAAAUCAAUUUUUGAAACCUCUUCCAGUGCCAAAAAUUAAUUAACUCACUUAUUUUAAUUAUGCAAAAUUGCAAUUUAAUUAAUUGUAACAUUUUCAUCACAAUUUGUAUCAUCUUUUAAUCAUCAAAAAUAUCAAGGAUUAGGUCUUUGUAAUAUAAUUUUGAUCAAAAUCCUUUAGGUUUUUACAAUUUAUACAUUUGAUUUAAUCAUCAAUUUAAUUGUUAGUUAACUUUUAGCUAAUCAAUUAAUUUAGCUAAUGAUUUUAUCGUAACAAUCAUCAACAGCAAUCAAAAUUGAUUAUUUUCCAGUCCUCUUGUCAUCAUCAUCAUCAUCAAAUCCCUUGCCAUUGUUGAUCAACUAUCAAUGAUUAAUUGAAGUGAUUUAAUUUUAUCAAUAUUAAUUUGUAAUCAUCAAUUGUAAAUAUUAAUUAAAAAGUCAUUUGAAUUAA